AACGCGCGCUUCCCAUUGGCCAGUUAGUCUCGCACCGCCCGCAUGGCCCGUUCAAGAUGGCAACCAAGCGCGAUCUGAGGUGGCCACGGCGGUUGCUGUGGGGGUUGUGGCUGGCCCGGGGCGCUCCACAGAGCCCGGGUUCCGGCCUGGGCCUAGAAGGGAGGACUUAUUCCCAGGGCGACGGCCCAUACUCGCGCACGGCGCUCUAUGAACUGCUCGGCGUGCCCACCACAGCCACGCAGGCGCAAAUCAAGGCGGCCUACUACCGGCAGAGCUUCCUCUACCACCCGGACCGCAACUCGGGGAGCGCCGAGGCUGCCGAGCGCUUCACGCGCAUCUCCCAGGCCUACGUGGUGCUGGGCAGUGCCACCCUGCGUCGCAAGUAUGACCGCGGUCUGCUCAGCGACGAGGACCUGCGCGGACCUGGCGUGCGGACCCCCAAGGCGCCGGUCCGCGACACCGGCUCGCCCCGCCCCCCGCCCCCUGCGUCUCAGGCCCACGGCCGCGGUCAGGCCACCGCGGGCGGCAACCGCACCAUGUUCGACUUUGACGCCUUCUACCAAGCUCACUACGGAGAACAGCUGGAGCGUGAACGGCGCCUCAGGGCCCGGCGAGAGGCCCUACGCAAACAGCAGGAGGACCGGGCCAAGAAGGGCUUCCACUGGGACGAUACCCGAGACGCGACCUUUGUCUUCCUUCUCCUCACGGUCUUCAUCAUCAUGGGCUUUCGUUUUUAAAAGGAGAGAGGAAGAAAGGGAGCAGCCCCCCGCCAGCCCCGAGAAAAUGGCCUUUCCGGUGUUCUUGAACCCUUUGCCUUCCAUAGUCUACCUCUGCGGGGGUCCGGAGAAACUGCUCUCCCCCUCCUGUUCCCCGCCCGCCCAGCUUAGCCGUCCACGUACGCUUCCCUCCCCUACGGUCCAGAAAAGAAGGCUUCUCGAUGCCCAAGAAAGAGGCCCCAAGAAGAAGAGUCCCAAAAGCCCGAGAGUGAAGGGUUUUCUGGAGUCCCUUGGGUGCCUGCUUCCAGAGGUUGCCUUCCUGAUGUCAGCUUCUGGAACACUUGCUCGGGCUUUAUUGUAAAGCUCUGAGCAACAAUUGUCUGCUCCUGCCCCGCGCUUGUACCGUGGGGCUCCUGUGUAACCUUGAACCGUGCAAUGUGACCAAUUGUUGGCUGCCAAAAGAAAAAUUGUGGGGUUGUACGAACCUUGUCUUUCUGUGAAUUCCCCAGCCACAGGUGAGACCUGACGUAAGACUGAUCUUUGGAAACCUUGCCAUUCUUGUAUGAUCAGCCCCAGACCCCACUCCCUUUUCUGUUGAUGGCAUGUGGGAGUGGGAGAGCAAGGUCAUGGAGCAUAAGGAAUUGAGUGUUCCUGUGCCCACACUUAUCUAAUGUGUAUGACCUUGGAGAAAUUACUCUGUGGGCAUGACAGCAGAGGAACAAAUCAUUUGCUCUCUUGAGGCCUGUCACACUUUAUUAUCUACAGUUCUAAUGAGCUCAUUGAUUAAAACAUGAUGUGAUAGAGUUAGGUUUA